AUGACCAGAAAAAAACGCCAGAAAAAUAAACCUCCGGAUCUCUCCGAUUCUUCUCUGGCCGGCGUUGCCGCUCAGUCAACCCACUCCUCUGUACCAGACAAGACUAUUUCUAGUUCAGAUCUGGUUGAGAAAGUCGAAACCCCCAAUUCAAAAACUCUAGCUACAGAAACUCCUUCUGUACCUAGCGCCCAAAAACAGAGCAAUAUUCCUGCGGAAAGUAAAAAUCAUGCUUCCUCAGACAGAACCUCAUCUCCUCCACCAACGGAGCAGAAAAACCCGGCGGAAAUCUGGAAAGGUUUCGUAAAAAACUCGACUGUAAAACUUCAACCUAAGGAGACUCCAUACUACCUGGAUUCUGGAGAGAGGUGUGUUACAAUACCAAACUCUGUUGUCGAGAAGAACAAAAGAGCAUGGGAAUACUUCAUCCUUGGCCAGUUUUACGAUGAACCACCAGCUCGUGCUGCCGUCCACGCCAUUGUUAAUGGUAUCUGGAGUCGACAAAAGCGAGAUAUAACGGUGAAUAAAAUGGAAGGCAAUGCCUUUCUAUUCCGUGUCCCAGACCCUAAUGCUCGACGUCGGAUACUGAGCCAGAGCCUAUGGCAAAUUGAUGGCCAGACCAUGUUUGUGGCCAAGUGGUCACCUGGAAUUCAGCAAGCAAAACCUGAGCUAGAUAUGGUCCCUGUAUGGCUGGAACUCACUGGAGUUCCUCUCCAGUUCUUCAACGGUGACGCCCUUCAAGAGAUAGCUGGAAUUGUUGGCCAUCCAGUGUGCUUACACCCUUCCACUGAAAAUCUUACCAACAUAGAAGUUGCUAAGGUUUACACUGUGAUUGACCCGCGCAAGCCGCUCCCAGAAUUUGUCAACGCCCGUUUUGAGAGUGGAGACACAAGGAGAAUUGGAGUCUCGAGCCCUUGGCUACCUUCCUUAUGCUCCUACUGCAAGAAAUUUGGUCACACAAUCUUGCGAUGUAAGGCAGCACCAAAAACAUGUACAACUUGCAAUUCAGUUAGACAUGAAACAACUGCUUGUCCGAGAACAAAUCAUGUCUCUCACGGGAAUGAGAAGCGCAAAGGUAAAGCACCUAUAAAAAGCUUAUUGCCCAUCGUCCCUCAGCCAAAUUUGGUAUACAGACAAGUUGGUAUCAAGGCACAGGACAACCCAAUCAUGCCUUCUCAGACAAAUGAUACUCCUCACAAGCAACAAAUUGUCACUCAACCUCCUACUGAUACCCUUGUCCAGCAGCCUGGCACCGGUAAAGUUGCUCAUACGACAACAGUGGAGUAUGAUCUGCGUGAGGGUAGCAUUUACGUUGAUCUAACAUGUUCACCUCGCCCUACAGACAUUGAGAAAUCUAGUAAUGGCUCUUCAUCAUAUACUUCUAUCUCUGGAGACGAAAGUAACUCUGAUGAUAGCAGUGAUCAAUUCAUAGAGGAUAAAUCAUUAUCUAUUAGUAAUAGUAUUCUACCGGGUUGGUCUCUUGAGGGGAACUAUGAUUUCUCCAGCCUCGGGAAGAUAUGGAUAGUCUGGAAGGCUCCUGUCCAAGUCAAAAUUAUCAGGAAAACUCUCCAAAUGGUCUCUUGUUCUGUGAAACUCCCUCAUCAGCAUGAAUUUGGAGUAUCGUUUGUCUACGGCUCAAAUUGUAAAAAAGAAAGAAGAUUACUAUGGGAAGAGAUUGAGGCAGCUGCUUGCUCUCCACCUUACAACAGUCUCCCUUGGUUAGUAAUGGGUGAUUUUAACGAAAUCAUAUAUCCCACAGAACACUCCACUGCUGAUCAGUUCUCUUCUAAAAGGGGAAUGCGAGAUUUCCGCGAUUGUAUUCAGAGAUGUUCGUUGUCUGACCUUCAAUUCUGUGGUAAUAGCUUCACUUGGUCCAACUCUCAUGUAUCCAAAAAAUUGGACAGGAUCUUGUGUAACGAAGAAUGGAUGGAUAAAUACCCGGAGUCUAUUGGAGUCUUUGGUGAUCCCGGAAUUUCAGACCAUAGCUCUUGCUGCGUUUUCUUAGACCAGCACAAACCUCCUCAGAAAAGACCAUUCAAGUUCUUUGCUCACUUAAACAGUCACCCUGAUUUCGAGAAACUCAUAUCCUCUUCCUGGAAUGCUCUGCCAUUUCAUGGGUCGAGACAGCUAUGCGUCUCAAAGAAGAUGAAAGAACUGAAGGGUAUUAUUCGCUCAUUCAGUAAAGAAAAUUUUUCUGGCAUUGAAACUCGAGUGCAAGAAGCUUUUGAUGAUCUUACAAGAUGCCAGCAAGUAACCUUAUCAGCCCCAUCUACUGUAUCCUCAGAAGCUGAGCGCAAAGCACACUUUAAAUGGCUUUGCUUGGCAAAAGCCGAGGAUAAAUUCUUGAGGCAACACUCCAGGAUUCAGUGGAAUGUUGAGGGAGAUGCACCCACAGCUUUCUAUCAUAGAGUCAUAAAGACAAGACAAGCUCAGAACCAUAUCGCUUUCCUUCUGGAUGAUAGUGAUUACGUCAUUGACUCUCUGCCGGAAAUAAAACAGCAUGCUGUAAACUACUUCAAGGAACUCCUAGGCGGCAUGAAUACUCCAACUACUUCUUCGCCAUCUGCUAUUGCAUCGGUGAUACAAGCAAGAUGUUCCAUAGAUGCUAUCGCUUCUCUCUCAGCUCCUUUCUCAGACCAAGAAAUUCAAGGGGCGUUCUUAUCCCUACCAAAGAACAAAUCACCGGGCCCUGAUGGGUAUCCAGCGGAGUUCUUCACAGGUAACUGGAAAUCAGUGGGGCGUGAUAUGAUUGAAGCUGUAAAGGAAUUUCUAACUUCAGGUGAACUCCUUCAACAGUGGAAUGCAACUAUCCUAACUCUUGUUCCAAAAAAGGCAAAUGCCAAUCGUCUGAAAGAGUUUAGGCCAAUAUCAUGUUGCAAUACAGUCUACAAAGUGGCAUCAAAGCUCCUUGCAAACAGACUAAAGGCUCUUCUCCCGUCCCUGGUCUCCAACUCCCAGUCAGCCUUCGUACCGGGCCGUUUAUUGGUUGAGAACGUGCUGUUAGCCACAGAACUUGUAGCAGGUUACAACUGGAAAAAAAUAUCUAAGCGAUGUAUGCUCAAGGUCGAUCUUCAGAAGGCUUUCGACACUUUAGACUGGGAUUUUGUCUUAUUCACGCUAGAAGCUCUGGAUUUCCCUCCAUUUUUCAGAACUCUUAUCAAAAAAUGCUUGACAACGACUCACUUCUCUGUGGCAAUCAACGGAGAGUUAUGUGGAUACUUCAAGGGAACUAGAGGGCUUAGACAAGGUGAUCCGUUAUCUCCCUAUCUCUUUGUCUUGGCUCUGGAAGUGUUUACACAAAUGCUGAAGAGUAAAUAUGAAGAGGGGUCCAUUGGAUAUCACCCGCAUACUUCGACAGUAAAGGUUACUCAUCUAUCUUUUGCUGAUGAUUUAAUGAUAUUCUCGGACGGUACUGUCAACUCUGUCAAAUGCAUUGCGGACACAAUGGAAGCUUUUGCUCAGUGGUCGGGUCUGAGAAUGAAUAGAAGCAAGACGGAAAUGUUUACAGCUGGCUUGAACAAUGUUGAAACCUUAAGCCUCUCCAGCCUUGGUUUCACCAUAGGUUCAAUGCCUAUCCGCUACUUAGGCUUGCCCCUGAUGCAUCGAAAGUUGAGGUUAUCUGAUUACAGGCCAUUGCUCGAAAAGAUCUCAGGUAAUUUUAAUUGCUGGUCUGCCAAGGCUUUGACGUUUGCAGGGCGAAGACAGCUUAUCUCUUCUGUUAUUUAUGGGAUGAUAAACUUUUGGGCAUCAGCUUUCAUUCUCCCAAAAGGUUGCAUAAAAAAAAUUGAAGGUCUAUGCUCUCGCUUCCUGUGGGGUGGCAGUGAAACGAAAAAAUGUAUCUCAAAGGUCUCAUGGAACAUUGUUUGUCUUCCAAAGACUGAAGGGGGUCUUGGCCUGCGAGACAUUGGUAGAUGGAACAAAACAUUAUGUCUGAAGCUGAUAUGGUUCUUGUUCUCAAAUGCUGAUUCACUUUGGGCAGAAUGGACCCGUGAAUACCGUCUGAAAGGAGAAAACUUCUGGACCAUUGACGAAAGCAAGACUACUUCCUCAACAUGGAAAUCAAUUCUUUCUCUACGAGGUCUUGCUUCCCAUUUUCUCAGACCGAAGUUGGGAAACGGCAGGAUCAUAAGCUUCUGGUAUGAUUGUUGGACUCCAUUAGGGCCACUCUUUCACAGAUUUGGGGAUCGCGGGCCAAGAGAGCUCCAAAUCCCAGUAACUGCAACUGUAUCUGAUGCUUGCAACAGAGCAGGAUGGAUUAUCCGGGGUGCCCGUUCUGAGGCAGCUGAGGAACUUCACAUCUACUUGACUUCCCUGCAACUACCUUCGCUAUCUACAACAGAAGACGCAUACGUUUGGGUUGUUGACGGUAAAGAACUCACAGAUUUUUCCUCUACCAAGACAUGGAACGAGGUCAGAAAUAGAGGACAAAUCCAACAAUGGACAAAUAAUAUCUUGUUCAAAGGCCAUGUACCGAAGCAUGCUUUCACUUCUUGGAUAGCACAUCAGGAUCGCCUCCCUACCAGGUCUCGCUUGGCCAGAUGGGGUAUGAACGUAUCACACCUUUGCUGUCUCUGCAACUUGCAAGAGGAAAACAGAGAUCAUCUCUUCCUGCGCUGUGAGAUCAGUGAAGAAAUAUGGGAUUUGGUGAUGCAGAGACUCGGGUAUCAUCCUCUAGCAUUCCACACGUGGACUGCUCUCUCUGAUUGGUUUUCUAUGCGAGAUGCAGUCACAAGCCGAACGCUCAAGCGACUCGUCGCUCAAGCAACAAUAUCAAGCAUCUGGACUGAGAGGAAUAGACGUCUACAUGAUGGUGAAACUCGAAGUCCAGCAGCUAUUUUCAAAAUCCUUGAUCGCUUCAUAAGGGAUACAAUCCUGGGAAAAAGGAAACUAAAGCCCUUUAUCCCACUUAUGCAGCAAUGGCUACGGUUUGAAUAA